CGGUUUAGAGUGACGUAGAGGCGCGACGUCACUCCCGGAAGGAACGGAACGCACAUGUGUUUACUAACUGUAUAACGUUGGAGUGUACUGCUUGUCCUUUCUUCUCAAAGUGAAUUAUAGUCCAGUUUGCAAUGCGGUAAAUGGUAUAAAGGUCUCAUAAAAAAAUACAUUAUAAGUGACAAAAACAAUGGCUUCACAGGCCCACGAAGAAGAAAGCGAUGAUGGCAUGGACGAGUUCAUGGAGAAAUUUAAGACCUGCAAAUACCAAAAUGCGUUCAGUGAAAGCAACUGGGAGGAGGAGUUUGAUAAAGUGCCCAUGUUCAUGAAGGCUGCUCCAGAGGACAUAGACCCCAUUAAACAUCCUGAUCUUGCCUGUAUCCAAUCCAUUAUACAUGAUGAUGACGGACCACCUGAUGAGCAAGCAAAGCGUCUAAAGGACGAGGGCAAUGAGUAUUUUAAGGAAAAGAACUAUCAGAAAGCUAUAGUGUCCUACACAGCAGGCCUGAAAAAAAACUCGGCCGACUCGGACUUAAACGCUGUCCUUUAUACCAAUCGUGCUGCAGCCCACUUCCAUCUAGGAAAUAUGCGAUCAGCUUUGAAUGAUGCAACUGCUGCAUGGAAACUGAAACCAGGCCACAUUAAAGCCAUCAUCAGAGGAGCCCAGUGCUGUAUGGAGCUGCAUAAUUAUACAGAUGCAUUGCAGUGGUGUGAUGAAGGCCUCAAGGUUCAGCCUACCGAUAAGAAACUGCUGGAGCUCAGAGCUAGUGCAGACAAACAGAAGAGGGCUGCAGAACGAGAUGCCAGAAAGGCCAAAGCUAAAGAGAAAAAGGAGCAGAAGGAGAAAGGAGCACUGUUGGCUGCUAUUAAGGAGCGUGGCAUUAGGCUUCUAAAAGCUAAGAAGGCUCAGCAUAAGGGCUCUCACAGUGAGGAUGAUGGUGAUGAAGGAUCCACAGCAGCCAUGGCAGAGUUGAGUUUGGAUGGACUGAGCUCUCAGGAAGUCACAGGAGCACAGGUGUACCUGGAUGAGCAGGGCGUCCUCCACUGGCCUGUUCUGUUCCUUUACCCUGAGCACAGACAGACCGACUUCGUCUCAGCCUUCUGUGAAAACUCCAGUUUUAUAGAUCACUUAACAGUCAUGUUUGGAGAGGAACUUCCUCCAUGGGACACAGACAGAAAAUAUAAGCCACAAAAUCUUCAGCUGUUUCUUGAAGAUCACAGGAAGGGGCACUUGUAUGAAGUGGAUCUGGAGACAUCUCUUCUAGACAUCCUACAGCGUCCAUGGUGCUUUAUAAAGGAAGGAACUCCAAGCUUCAUCAUAUUGGUAAAAGGGUCGCCAUUUUGUAAACAGUUUUUAUCGGGAAAGAAAGUCCAUAGAAAGAAAUGAAAUAUGGUUAAAGGACUCUGAAUGUAUUGGCCAUUGAUGAAGCACCUGUUGUAUUGUGGUUUUUCUUCAUGUCCUGAAUAAGUGACUGCUGAUUGGUAUGAUGACAUUUGUCAAAGGUCAAAUUCAUGUUAAUAAUCAGUAUUCCCUAAUUCACUCAAAGUACUGUUUUAAUGCACGUACAAGAGAACCACACAGAAGCUUAAAGGUGAAAAAACAAAAACAUGAUUCUUAAGACAAAGCUUUUAAUGGAGCCCCAUGUAAUGAAAACACUGCCUCCUUGGAUCAAGUAAAGAACUACAUCCUAGAAACGGGUUAAAUAAAUAAACUCUUUUCCAAAAACA